AUGGCGGUCUCCUCGCAGACUUCUGCCCCAAGCAGUGACGCGCCUGUCAGCGUCACGUACACGGUUGCCAGCGCGCCAGUCUCGGGAGCUUCCAGAGAGCCAUACUAUCCUUCCAGCCUGGACACCUCUGCCACCGAAUCUGCCUCAGGCUCCAGCUCCGCCUCUGCCGCCAGCUCGACGGCCUCUGCCGGCUCUGUAGAGGCCUACGCAGAGAAAAGCAAGGGUAUCACAUACUCUCCUUACACCGACUCGGGAUCGUGCAAAUCUGAGAGCCAGGUUGCCAGCGACAUUGCCAAACUCUCCGCCUACGAAAUCAUCAGAGUCUACGCUCCAGACUGCUCCUGCAUCACCAACAUCAUGGCCAAUAUGGGCUCCAACCAGAAAAUUUUUGCCGGACUCUACAACAUCAACUCGCUCACUGACGACAUUGCUACUCUGGCCCAACAGGUCGAGGCAUCCAGCCAGGGCUGGGACGGCAUCUACGCUGUGGCCAUCGGUAACGAGUGGGUGCAAAAUGGAGAGUCUGCCUCGAACGUGGUCAAUGCUGUCUCCUCCGGAAGAUCGACACUCUCGUCUAAAGGCUGGACCGGAAAGGUGGUGACUGUCGACACUGUCGGAGCAUACCAGGACAACGAAAGCCUGUGUGAGGCCUCUGACUUCAUUGCCGUCAACGCCCAUCCAUACUGGGACGGAAACGUCAAGCCAGAAGACAGUGGCAGCUUCCUGGAAUCUCAGAUCUCGCUUCUAAAGAGCACCUGUGGCAGUGACAAAUCGAUCUUGAUUUGCGAAACCGGAUGGCCAACCCAGGGAGACACCUACGGAUCAGAGGGUGUUCCAUCGACGGCAAACCAGCUCACUGCCAUCAAAUCCAUCACCGAGUCGCUUGCCGACCAGGUGAUCAUGUUCACCACAUACAACGACUACUGGAAAGACGCUGGUAGCUACGGCGUUGAACAGUACUGGGGCAUCUAUCCUAACUGA